AUGGCAAAUGAAAUUGACCUUGGUCAAGAAUGCGUCAGUGACUUAAUUGACUUUGCAACACCGAACACGGACGACGUUGUCCUCACCGAGGAAGUUUCCGGAACUUUAACCCGAGAUGAUCCUCCGCAGGACAGCUCGGAUCGAAAAAUGGAUACCGGUGAGGUCGACGAACUUGCCGAACCUCAGCCAAUGACUCCGGUGGAAGACUUGGUGAUGACGUCAUCACCAUCUUCCCAAAAUGGGGGUCCAAGUACCUCAGAAACUACGCCACCGCCUGUGGAGCCUGCUCGAUCAUCGGCGGCUACUCAGACAGAAAAAUCUCUCGACUGGCCGAAGUUGUGGUCUGACUCGGCCGGAAAUCACAAUGAAUUGAUCGCCACUGAGCCGGACCCAGUUCCAACUGCCGUCCGAGCUGAUCUAGUGAAAAAGCGAAGGACGCACGAAAAUUACUUGUCCUUAACGGCAGAAGUUCUCUCAAUUCUCGCUGAAAAUGCGGACGUUCUGCAUACUAAGACUUUCCGAGAAUCCGAUAAGAUGAAAAAUCUUAUCGGCAUCGCUCAGCUCCUAUACCACAGCGAGAGUAAGUACUCCAGCGUAGCGCACCAUGUGCUGAAAAGCAGCCUUGACAGCGUCGAAAAACGUCAAGCCCGGUUUUACGAGGGUAAAGAACCCAGUGUUGUCAUCAAAGACACUCCGCCGGCUGACCGUGCUCCAAAAGCCGACGCAAAACCCGCUGCUCUGCCCGGCAAGACCUUCUGGAAUCCCCAGUGCAAACUCAUCCAGGAGGAGGCUUCGACGUCGAAGUCCUCUUCUGGCUCAGCGUCACCAUUAGUGGCUCCUCGGCCGCUCACAGCUACGCCUACCCAUCGGUCAUCCACCCAGACGACUUCAUCUGGCUCUGGCUGGCCAAUUCCAGCUUCAAAUGACAACGGCUGGGGCUCUAGUUCUUCCACAGACUGGUCCCAGCCCGUAACUACGGCUUCUACUGGAUUAGGUUCUCUGUACUUUUUACUUGAUCUCGGAAAAUGGCAAAUGAAAUUGACCUCGGUCAAGAAUGCGUCAGUGACUUAA